GGCUUGAAGCUACGAAUUCGUGACCUUGAGGAGGCUCUCGAGAAGACAACGCAACAAAUCUCCAGCGAGCGGCACCCACUCCUAGAGCCACAUCUACUCCAGAUAGCCCGACCUCAUAUACAGGAGGACCAGGCUGCUCCUAGUGGUUCUCGGAGAAGUAAUGACGACCCUCUCGUCAAUCAAUUUGGCACCAUGCAAGCAACCGCAUUGGCAGAGGUUCACAUGGAUUUCCACGAUGUGGCCGACGACUUCGAACCAGAAUCAGAAUCGAAAGCAAAGUUUGCUCUACCCAUGUCGAUGCUGUAUCCACCUACUGUUUUUGCUGCGAUGGCCCAGCAAAACCUUCCUCCCAAAGAAGAAGCAUUGGCGCUUGUGGAUAUAUACUUUAAAUAUGCUGCGGUAUCGUUAAUGUGUUGUAUAUUCCCAUCAAGACCAGAGGUUGAGUUAAGCAAGACAUAUUAUCAGAUUUCAUGGAGUUUAAAAGUUGCUCAAAGCGUAAGUUACCGUUCCAAAUCCGUGCCGCAAAUCUCACCUGCUCUAGAUUGGACUGCGUAA